AUGGACCGACUCCGAUCCACCAAAGGCUUCCCCAUCUCCGGCGACGUCGGAUUAGACGACUUCCUUCUCACCAAACCCACCGCCGACGAAGACGCUUCCGAUUCCCCUACAUCCGAUGAUGCUGCCGCCUCCAAUUCCCUCGUCAAUUCCAACUCCGUCGCGGAGCAAGCCCCCGAGAUUUUAGGCCGAAAUGGUGAAGGGGACUGGUUCGGCGUGAUGACCAAUGUCCUCUCCGAUCUCUUCUACAUGGGCGGACCAAGAAGAAGAGGAAGAAGGGGAGUGGUGGGCUGA